AUGGGAGAAAACCAUAUCUAUCUAUCUAUCUAUCUAUCUAUCUAUCUAUCUAUCUAUCUGUUAUGGGCUUAUUUUGUCUUCCCUUUCAAAGCUUUCUCUGCUUUUCUUCUUCCUUUUAUAAAUGAGUCUCGUUUUCAUACCAUUUUCAAUUCUCAUUACAGACAGAUAGUUCAAUUCUUUUUUUUUUUUCUUACAGUUAUUUUUCACGUUCAACUCGCAAUUUUCAUCAAGUGUAUUAUUCCUUUCUCUCCAAUUUCAGCCGAUCUAUUCUCGAUCAGAAAUAUUUCCCUCCCUCGUAGCAUUUAUAAAGUCUUUCUUUCUACCGCCAUCUUCUUUUACAUGUCUCAGCGUCUUUUCUCUUUUUUUGUUUAUUUAAUUCAACUUGUUCCCGCUUCCUCUCUUUCUCCAUUCUCUACCUGUUUCCCCAAAUCUAUCUAUCUAUCUAUCUAUCUAUCUAUCUAUCUAUCUAUCUAUCUUAGUCUGUUCAUAUCUAUCUUAACUAUUCAGAAUUAUCUAUCUAGCUAUGUUAGUCAGUUCAUAUCUAUCUAUCUAUCUAUCUAUCUAUCUAUCUAUCUAUCUAUCUAUCUAUCUAUCUAUCUCACCCUGAUUAGAUAUUUCUCUUUCUUUAUCUUUCUAUCUCACCAUGUUAAUAUUAUAAUUGGACUUAAUAUGAUAUUUCAUGGAAAUCAUAUGUUACUCUCUCUCUCUCUCUCUCUCUCUCUCUCUCUCUCUCUCUCUCUCUCUUUUACUAUCUAUGUUUUCUUCUUAUUCAUAAGUGAACUGUUCAUCCUUCAAGCUUUUUCUUCCAACUGUCCAUCGGCUUAUUCCCUAAAUCAGCGUCGACGCACCGCCAACUUUAUAUACCAACGAGCUCUUCUCCGAAAGAAAUCAAUACUGUCGUUUCGGCUUUUAAAAUUCAGCAGCUUCUCCAUUUUGCUUUUUCUUUAUUAUUCGCCGAUCAUUUUCUUUCUUUCAUUUUUACUCGAAUUUUUAUACCUUUGCUUGUUUUUGCUUUCCUAUCGCACUAUUUUUGGAGGAGUAUUUAUAGCUCCAUCUUUCUUUUUAUCUCUUUGCGAUAUACAUUUUGACUUCCUCUUUUUUUUCUCUUUAUUCGCUGUCAUCCAGCCAUAUUUAUCGUUUUCUCUUCCUUCAGCACUUUCCCUUUCUUCUCCUAAAUCCGAAAACUUUCAUUCAUUCGUUCUUUCUUCAUUUCUUUUUUAUUUCUUUCUUUCUUUCUUUCUUUCUUUCUUUCUUUCUUUCUUUCUUUCUUUCUUUUUUUUCUUCUUUCUUUCUUUUGUUUUACGACCACUUUCUUUCCGCCAACGGUUUCUCGUCUUCUUUCCUUUUGUCAUCUUUAUCCUCUUCCCCUCUCUUCUUCGUUUCCGCUUGCACACAAUAACUUUGGACAUCUCCGGAAAUCAGCACACAUGCCUCUCCUCGCCUUUCUCUCCCGCUAUCUAUCUAUCUAUCUAUCUAUCUAUCUAUCUAUCUAUCUAUCUAUCUAUCUAUCUAUCUAUGUCUUAUUCAGUUUCUUCCAAGACUAAGCAAUCACCAUUCAUAAUUGGCGUAUGUUUUUGA